UAGGGCGGCGGAGGGAUACACAGGCAAUCCCCAUUCUGGCCACGGCCAAUAUACACACUCCUAACCCGCCAGUGGAACUCCAUCUAAGGAACGACCACACUCCAAGUCUGCCUCCAUAGACCAACAAGCACACAACCCAUCCGCCAUGGCUGACCAACUAACAGAAGAGCAGAUUGCAGAGUUCAAGGAGGCUUUCUCCUUAUUCGACAAGGACGGCGACGGCACCAUCACCACCAAAGAGCUGGGCACCGUCAUGAGGUCGCUGGGCCAGAACCCCACAGAGGCAGAACUGCAGGACAUGAUCAAUGAGGUGGACGCCGACGGUAAUGGAACCAUUGACUUCCCGGAGUUCCUGACCAUGAUGGCCAGAAAAAUGAAGGACACGGACAGUGAGGAGGAGAUCCGCGAGGCUUUCCGGGUAUUUGACAAGGACGGAAAUGGCUACAUCAGUGCCGCAGAGCUCCGUCACGUCAUGACUAACCUCGGGGAGAAGCUAACGGACGAGGAGGUGGACGAGAUGAUCAGAGAAGCAGACAUCGACGGGGACGGACAGGUCAACUAUGAAGAGUUUGUACAGAUGAUGACUGCAAAGUGAAGCUCGCCCGCCCCGUCCCCUCUUAGAAGAAAAAAAAGGAAAAAAAAAAGUUUUACUUACCGCUUGGGAAAAAGAAAAUGUUCAUUUAUUCAUACUGUUUCUGUAUAGAAAAUAAUUGAAUGUUGAAAUAAAAUAUCCUUCUGUCCACACAGGAAAAAUAUAAAAAAUAUACAAAAAUAUCUGCAUGAAAAUGACGGUUAGUGAUCCUGUCCCCUCCCCCCGGAGAUCAGUUUA